CGGUCCAACACCCGCAUCCCACAGCAACGUCGAAUCACAAGAUGCAGAUGCUCUACUUCAGCGAAGUCUAGCUCUCGGUGCCAGAACCUUCCCAUGCAACCCAUCUCCCAUCAGCAGCAGCUCGCCUGGCAACCCAUUUCUCAUCAGCAGCACCUCUUCAGGCAAACUAUCUCCCAUCAGCAGCACAUCCCCAGUCAACUAACUUCCCGUCAGCAGUACAUCCCCAGCCAACCAAUCUCUUGACAGCACACCUCCCCAGGCAACUAUCUCUCAUCAGCGCGCCGCAACCGAUCUCCCACCUUCAGCAGUAUAUCCGGGCAAUCAAUCGCUCAUCAGCAGCACCUCUCCGCCCACCAAUAUACCAUCAGCAGCAUCUCUUCGGGCAAGUCAUCCCCCAUGAGCAGCAGAAACACUACGAGAAGAGGCCGCCACACCACGUCCUACUGUGCGCUGUACUCUGGAUAGAGAGAGUGCUCGACUGACCAAAAUGGCCGUCCGACGCACUAACGCCACCUCUACUCUCACUGGCGGCGGCAGGACUGACGAGCUGGAAAGCCAUCGUAGGCUUCAGUCUUCGCCGCAUGAAUUCUCCGCCGCCAGCAUACAGAGUGCAAGCCCGUUCCGGUGUCGGCGGCCACGUAAUUUCUCCAUGGGAUGGUGGGACACGGUAAUCGAUCAUGAUCCUAAUAUGGAACUGGCGUUGGGCUUCGUACCAGACGUGACAGCUGGAGCGAGAGACAUGUGGGGACUGGAAGAGCAGAUUGCUCCGGAUUCUUCCUCGUCCUUAUCAGGUUCUCUGGGUCUCUUCCGCUGCUCAUGCCGCUGGCGGCCAGGAUGUAGGAGCCGGACAAAUUGGUUGAUGAAGUGGGGAUGCUGCUUUACGGAAUUGGUGCGGGUGAUUAUCUUCGUCGCACUUGUUAUCCUGUCAGGAAAGGACGUCAAGAUGCCACCCGCAGGAAACACUUGUUAAAGGACCUGCAGGCGGAUCUGCCAGGAUAGAUGUCGUACGGCCGGGUGCCUUGGAGCGUCCCUGUUGGUGCAUAUAGAAUAGUGCAACUCAUAUGCAAUCGUAGAUUUGUCGACAUAUUGCCCAUCAAAUUAGUCAUGGUAUUCCAGGUACUGCCAAGCCAUGUUGACCUGGCUGCUACGCGGUGAAGUGCAUAUGUUCCAGGACAACAGGCUGCUACCAUCUAGGAGGUAGGAGGUAAGAGG